AUGGCUUGUCUUCCUGCUGACUGUCUAUCUGAAAUCUUUUCAUAUCUUGAGAAUGAUAUCAAUUCACUUUAUAAUGCUAUACUAGUAAAUCGACUUUGGUGUGAAAGAGCUGUUAGGUAUUUGUGGAAGCAACCAUUCUAUUUACGAAUCAAAUCAUUCAGAAAGUUAAGUCGUGUAUCUCGUAAUUCUCCUGAAGGUUUACGAGUUUUUAUGAAGCUGGCAAAUACUUUAUUACAAUGUAUUCAAUAUAACCAAAAAAGAUCUAAUGGAGACAUAAGGAACGCGAUAUAUAUACUCAAGUUUGAUUAUAUAUCAUUCAUACGUAGACUGAAUUUCUAUCAUUUAAGGAUUGUGCUUAUGCAAUGGGCAAGGUUUCUAAGAGCCAAUCCAGAAGAAUUUGACACAGAACUUGUCAUUGAAAUAUUGCAAAGAAGAAAUACUAGAAAGUUUGCUGAAAAAUUUUUAAGUGAUAAGGAUAAUUCUAUUUUAGUUCAGAUUAUUGAAACCAUUGAGAGAUCAUUAAUUUUACAGAUUCCUAAUUUAGAAUGUUUCUCGAUAUAUGAACCAAGCCUUAACACAAAAUUAUUUUGGAAUAUUCGUAAUAAUUUAUAUUUUAUAUAUCCUGAAGGUGACCUUGAAUGUUUCUCACGGUUGACUAAUUUUGAAUGGUCUGCUAGAACUACUAAUGGAGAAAACUUUUUAAGAAAACUUUGCAAUGUUGCACGCAAUCUUAAGGCAAUUAAGUUUGAUUGGUAUGAGGAUUCAUUUUUAAUGUUCUUCACUAAAAACACUAAAAACGAUGAAAUAUUGAUAGAUUUAAUAAAGUCGCAAAAAUCAUUACAAGAAUUUCAUUUUUCAAAUUAUUCAAUGGACAUGCUUCCAAGUAUAGUCACGGGUCUUAAAUUUCAAUCAGAAAAUUUAACAAAAAUAGUUCUGAAAGACAUUAUAUUUAAGAAUUUGGAGUUUCUUAAUUUUAUAUUAAAUUUGAAGAAUCUCCAAGAUUUAAUUAUCAAACGUUGUGAUCUUAAAAGAUUCGAUCAAAAUUGUUGGCCGUUGGAAUGGAAAAUACCACAUUUAAUAAAAUUCGAGUUUCUUUAUAACUAUCCAUUUCAUUUUGUCAGAACUAUUUCAGAUUUACAAGAAUUUGAAGACAAAAAUAGCGAUCAUAUUUAUGAUCAUAAUAAUUCAACUCUCAAAGAAAUAAAAUUGAAUCAACAUAUUUCCAAUCCUGAUAUUCUGACUUUUUCGAAUUUUAUUUCAACAAAUUGUCCUAAUAUCAGUAAACUUGAAUUGAAUAGUUACAUUAGUGUCACAGCAUUGUCACAAAUUUUAUCAACUUGUUCAAAUCUUGAAAAAAUAAUAAUCAAAGAUAAACAUUGGUCCAUUAGCUUACAUAAAGAAACUGUUCAUGAUGUUGACAAAAUCAUGAAUCAGAUCGUGUUAACUAAAUUGAAAAAGCUGGAAUUGGAAGGAGCAUUCUCUUUUAAUCAUAAGUCAUUUGAAAAAUUCUUGAACAAUUCAACACCUCCGCUUAAAAAACUAAUAAUAACAGGAUCAAGUUGUUUUGGCAAUGACCAUCUCAAAGUAAUAAUGGAUUUACGCGGAGAAAACCUUAGAAAAGUUCAUAUAUUAUCUGCAAAAGACAUUAAGAAGACUCUUGUGAAUAAAGCUACUCGGAUGAUAAAAGAUUUUAAAUACAAUUUACUAAAUAUAAAAACUAGUCAAGAUUUAAGAAUUCUUCGUUAUUCAAAAAAUCGAGCUAACAGAAGAAAUUAA